CGAACUCGCGAGGCCUGGUCGGUCGGUGGAAGGGCCUGCCCCGGACGGGCAGGCGGGCGAGGAAAGGAACCGUUUCCUGGCUGCGCGCGCGGCCCAAGCCGAGGGCCUCCCGCGUUUGUUCGGAGGGCGUCAGCUAAAAUUCGGUUGGCAGCGCCAAAACCGGGCGGACGGUGGCCGCGGCCCACCUCCUUUGGCUCCAGCCGGCGUGGCCUUCCUUGUGCUGGGCGUCCUAGCCUCGUAACGCGGCUCCCGAGGAGGUCGGCCGCUGGCUAGCUCGACCUCCCCAGGUGGCCCCCACGCUGGGCGGGCGCAGCGGCCCCGGAAUGCCACAGCUCGGCGCCUUUCGGUAGUCCCGCCCGGGCGAGGGAGAGACGGGCGCCCGUUUGGUCAGCCCGGCUCGUCUGUUGCGGGAGGCUGUGGGAGAAGAGCGGUUUUGUGGCAUUUACAAUUUAUUUCACAGUAAUGUAAUGAUGGUGAGAAGUUUCCUCUAGGAAAUGUCCUGUAAAUGGGACUCAUCUAGUUAAGGUCCUCUGUGGGCCGGUGGGAUACUCGGAGUGCCUGGCGGAACGGAGUUUGGCAUAUUUUGAAAUCUGUCCCGGGAAAGGCUUGCAGGCCGGCCGGCCGGCCUAACUCUCGCUGCCUUCUGGCCGCCCUCGGACUCGGGGGCGUCUGCCUGGAGUGGCGUGGCUGCCACGGGGAUUGCUCGUUUUCAAAAUGGCUACCAAGUGGGUUUCCUCGGUCUCGACACAAAGAAGCCCGGGGGGCAGCCACGGGGCCGACAGGCCUCGGAAGCAAGGUCCGGGCACACGGCUGCCAUUUCCGUGGAAUAAUCGGGCAUCGGCCCUGAUCAUGGCCUCCUCUGGCCUGGUUCAAGGGUGUCUGGUUAGCUGUGGGUUUUCUUGUCUGCUGCAAUGCUUAGAGCCCUGAACAUUUGCGAGAUUAGUGAAAUGGGUAGUGACAUGAAAUGAGCUUGUCCAAUGUGUUUUGCAUUUAUUUUUGUAUGGAAAAUGGUUCAGUUGUUUGCAUUCUUGAUUUCAAGAAAUUCAGUUAUAAUGGUUUUAAUUUUUUAUGUUUCUGUAUAUAUUUUCUGGGUUAUUUAACAUCAAUAUUACAUUUGUACUGUUUAGAGCCUAACACAAUAUUUAGUGAUUUUUUUUAAUGUGCAUUUCUCUGCAUAGCUUAUUCCUAAAAGUGAUAUUUUAGCCAUUUUCCUUAAAAAUAUAAAUCAUGAAAGGAUCGGGAAGAACGGUCAUUCUAUGGAAGAGAACAUUGCAGGAGUUCUGAGCUUCAGCUACUGGUUUCACUCACUGUAGUCCAACAGUGUGGCUGAUACUAACUAGGCUGGUCCAGCAAUUUGGCACUGUUUCAUUAACAGUUUGAAUAUCUCGGAAAAAUCAUACAUGCAUUAGCACAUACGAACAGAUUUUUUUAAUUGUUCACUACAUAGCUUUUUGCACAUGUUCCCAAAUACAAGCCCCCCUUUAACUCAUAAUUCUCAUUUUAAAAAGUAUGUUUAAAAGCAUUCACAAAUCCAUUCAAGGCAGGGCAAUAUGUCAUUUUAACUGCAUUAUGCUUGGCAGCAGACCUCAAAUCUCUAGGUUUCAUCAGUAAGGCAAAACUCUGUUGCUUCUUUAGGUCAAGUGCAUAGAAGACCCAAAUUAUACCUCAACCAAAUGUAGACUAAUUGAAUUACUUAAGGAAAAGAUAUACCAUCUAGAGGAAAAAGCAAAGGUUUUAGAGGAGUCUAGAUUCAAAUAACAAAAUGAGAAACCCAACUAAAGGAAAAAAAACUGCAACCAAACUGAACACAACAAGGAACAAUUAACUACAAGAGAAAAUUAGCAUUUAGCAAUGUGAUUUCAAUCUUCAAAAAGGGAAAAAAGCGGAUCUAGGAAACUACAGACGAAUCAGCCUGACAUCGGUAUCUGGGAAAAUCCUGGAAAAGAUGUGAACAUCUAGAAACAAGCAAAGCUAUUAAUAUAAGUCAUUAUGGUUUUGUCAAAAACAGAUCAUGCAGACAAACCUUAUUACUUUCUUUGACAAAGUGACUAAAUUGGUGGAUCAGGGAAAUACUGUAGGCAUAGUUUACUUAGACUCCAGUAAAGCAUUUGACAAAGUAGACCUAUUUCUUGGUAAGAUAGAAAAGUGUGGGAUAAACAGAAUCACCAUCAGAUGGAUUCAUAAGUGGCUGACCAAUCACAUUCAACCUGUAGUCUUCAUGGCACUAUGUCUAAAUGAAGGGAAGAAUGCAGUGGGAUAUCUCAAGGUUCUGUCUUAGGCCCAGUACACUUCUUCAUCAUAAACAAUUUAGAUAAGGGGAUAGAACGGGAACUCAUCAGAUUUGCAGAUGACACCAAGCUGGGGGGAAAUAGCAAAUACUUUACAAGAUAAGACUCAAGAUAGAGAAGGAGCUUGACAUACUUUGAACACUGGGGUCUAUCCAACAAAAUGCAGUUCAGUGGUGUGAAAAAUAAUAAAAGCCAAAUGCACAGGCUUAGACGAGGUACCAGGCUCAACAUCAAUAACUGAGAGGGAUCUAGGUGGACAAUCACUAUAUUUAAGUAUGAGCUAUCAGUGUGCUGCAGCUGCUAAAAAGCCAAUGCAGUCCUAUGUUGCAUCAACAGAGGGAUAGAAUCAAGAUUACAUGAAGUACCCUGCCCCAGGGCAGCACUUGGGUCUCAAACUUGGGCUUGCUGCUUGUCAACGCAGCUUCCUAACCAUGUUCUAACCACAUGAGCCACCAUGCUCCUAACAACUUACCUUUUUAUUCUCAUGCAACUAACACUGAAGUCUUCCCUAUAUUUCACAAGUGAAUUUAAGCACAUAUCCAUUUCUUAAGCAUACAACCAUAUAAUAGUUUUAUGAUGCUGCUAGAAAUUAUUUAUUGAUUACACAUGUAAAAAUGUCCUGUGCUUUCUUUUCUCUAUUAUGUCUGAGUUCUGAAAUGGGCAGCUAUAUUCCAUAAAGGAAUUAUAAGAUGGAAGUUUUGUGAUUUGCUCAGAACCAAGGAAUCUGUCUGAAGAAAAACUGGAUCACAUUAUGUGUGGUAGUUAGAUUCUACAAGCAAUCCUCUGCUUACAAUAAUGUAAUGUUUAAUGACUAUUCAAAGCUAGAAUGGCAUUAAAAAGUGACUUAUGACCAGGUUUCACACUUAUGACCAUUGCAGCAUCCCCACAGUCAUAUGAUCAGACUUUGGGUGCAUGGCCACUGGGAUGUAUUUAUGAUGAUUGCAGCAUCCCAGGUCAUGUGAUCACCAUUUAUAACCUCAGUUGACUUCCAGCAAGUAAAGUUAAGGGGGGAAGCCAGAUUUGCCUAAUGACCUCAUGGUUCACUUAAUGGAUUUGCUUAAAAACCAUGGCAAACGUAAAAUGGGGCAACUCAUUUAACAACUAUGUUGCUUAACAAUGGAACUUUUGGGCUCAGUUGUGGUUGUAUGUUACGGACUACCCAUGUUGUAUUAUUUUUAUACAGUAUAAUGUCUUCUGGCUUGCUGACAACUGUUAAAAUGAAGGAGAUUUGUUCCUCUAGAGCUAAGUGAAUUUCUGCAUGGAGUUAAUUGUUGUAAGAAAGAGCUGCUAUUUAAGAUAACCAGAAGGGAAAUAAAUAGCUGCAGCAGAUUCAUUGGGCAGAAAGAUUUCCAUUUGGAAGAAUGUAGACAGAUGUGGGUUAUUUGAGCUUGCUGCAGUGCUCUGUCUUCUAUAUGAAGCUUCUGAAUCACAAGCAAGCAGAAUUAUGCUUUUAAUUUAUUUAAAAUGAGUAAUUUUCAGCAUUUGUAAGAAUCCCAUUCCAGUCCAAGGAAACUUUGAUCUGAAUAUUACAGGGCUAAUUUUAACAGCAUGCAGCUGUAUAAGUUUUGUUUUAAAUUUUAUGCAGAUACUUCUCUUUCUCAAACAUUUUAAUUUAUAAAUCAAUAUAGUUUCAAAUGGACUGCUUUAAAAUGAUGGCUAACAGUUUCAUUAUUGAUGUAACAGGAAGAAGGAUUAUUUUUUGUUGUUGACCUGAUAUUCCAGUUUUAGACAUUUCGGUCCACUAUGGUUCUGCAUAUGCCACUAUUGAGCUUUUGCAUCUUAAAAAAUGGAAUUAAAGAAGGUUGCCUUUAAAAAUAGAAAUGAUGAAUCUGCAGAGCAUUGUUUAUUUACAUUAUCAUAAAGUGACUUGUGUAGACUUAAAACGAAUAGGUCGUCCAGUUGGGGACAGUUGUGAGGAAAAGAAUGUUCUUUUCCUUUUGCUGUCAACUACAGCAGUUUUAUUAAAAUACAAUUCUUUGGUUGAAGUGUAAUGGGAAACUUUGACCUAAUGCAAGCCAUGACAUUUAUGCUGAACCCUCUAUUAAAGGUAAAGAGGGAUUGGGCAAGAGAGAAACACCCAACCACAUCCGUAGUGACAUUUGUGAAACUUUGGGCUGUUGGAAGAAACUAUUGUGGCAGAAAGGCAAUGAAGGGAAGUAAGGGACUACUAAAGUUGAGGAUUGUUGAAACUUUUAAAGCUUAAAAGAGCAAUAGUAAUUUUUCAAUUUUGUGGGCAGUCCGCUUUUCUUUUAAAUAGCUUUUUCCUUUUCAUACAAGAGAUUGGUGCUAUCUUGCUCCCUCACCCAAGGAUAAACUCCUGGAUCUAAAUUCAUUUGGAUCUCAUGCUAAGAAGAAUUGUUUGCUGCUUUCAAGUGGAAGGAGAGUGCCAAUUGACCUUUGAUUUCUGUUCAGCCAGAGUUAAUUUCAAGGCAAGAUUAAAGUGAAAGGAUUUAUAAGAGAUGUCAAAAACAAAUAAAUCAAAAUCUGGGUCCCGUUCUUCUCGCUCAAGAUCUGGGUCUCGGUCUCGGUCUCGGUCUUUCUCAAAGUCUCGGUCUCGGUCUAGAUCAGUUUCACGCUCAAGGAAACGAAGGCUCAGUUCUAGGUCCCGUUCAAGAUCAUAUUCUCCCUCUCAUAACAGGGAGAGGAACCAUCAACGAAUAUACCAGAACCGGGAUUUUCGAGGUCAUAACAGAGGCUAUCGGAGACCCUAUUACUUCCGUGGAAGGAAUAGAGGAUUCUACCCGUGGGGCCAAUAUAAUCGAGGUGGUUAUGGAAAUUACAGGUCUAAUUGGCAAAACUAUCGCCAAACAUACAGCCCUCGAAGGGGGCGUUCACGUUCUCGGUCACCAAAGAGGAGAUCUCCUUCUCCAAGAUCCCGAAGUCAUUCUCGAAACUCUGACAAAUCAUCAUCUGAUCGUUCAAGAAGGUCUUCAUCAUCUCGGUCAUCUUCUAAUCAUAGCAGAGCUGAGUCCUCCAAACGUUGGUCGUUAAAGGAAAAGAAGUCUUCUAAGGAGGUUCGAGGGUCCCAAGGUGCUGGGGACAACCAAGGGGAUGACUCCAAGGAACAGCCCUUCUCAGGAGGAACUACCCAGGAUGUCAAGUCUUCAGAGGGGUCAAAACCCUGGCAAGAUGUGGGAACCUAUGGCACCAGCGCAGCCUCAAGGGCCUCUGCCCUGACAGAGUUGAGUCCCAAAGAGCGUAGCCCAGCGCUAAAGAGCCCUCUCCAAUCAGUCGUAGUCAGGCGCCGAUCGCCCAGGCCAAGCCCACUUCAGAAGCCCAGUCCAACAUCUUCCAAUCCUUCCCAGCUGGGCUCAGCUCUGCAGAGCGGCAGUUCCUUUCAGGCAGGCUCACAUCAGUUUGAGCAUGGUUUAGCCAGCCUGAGCCCAACCAGGAAGAGCCCAGUAUGCAAAAGCCCCACAACAAUCAGCUCCAUUUAUGGGGCAUCUCAGAAGGAGGAAAUAGGGGCAGCCUUUUCUAAGAGGUACCUGGAAGAACAAAAAGCAGAGAAUGGGAAGGACAAAGAGCAGAAACUGAUGAAUGUAGAAAAGGACAAAAUGAAAGAGAAGGGAAGCUUUUCUGAGAUGGGAUUAGUGGAUGGUAAAACAAAGUUAGAUCCUUACACCUCUAAGGCCGAUACAGAAAAGAUGCAUCGUGGGAAUCAGUCCCCAAAGCGCUAUAAAGUUCGAGAUGAUUUUGAAAAGAAAAUGGCCGAGUUCCACAAGGAGGCCCACUAUGGCAAAGAGGAGGCAGAGGAGCCAGAAAAGAAAGUUAAGGGCAAAGGACGGAAGGAAUCCAAUUUGGAGGAGGACGAGGACGAGGAGCCCAAAUUUGUGAAGACAGCGCCUGCUUCCAGCAGAAGCCAGGAUGAGGAUCGGCCAGGCAAAUGGGAAGGCCUGGUUUAUUUACCAGCAGCCAAGGAAAAGCAGAGGAAAGCAGAAGAGGUGGCCGAGGAGUCCUAUGCUGAGCCCUCCAAGAAAGACGAGAGGCAGGCGGCCAAAAGAGCAGAAGCUGGGCACCGAGGGUUUGUUCCAGAGAAGAAUUUCCGAGUCACCACCUACAAGGCAGGCCAGGAAAAAAUGGCGACCUCUCCCCCACCCCGAAAGGCCCCAGAGAGCAGAGAGAAGCCGAGCGUGCGGGGGGAAGGCCUGGCCACUGGCAAAUCCUCCUUUUCCAUUACUCGUGAAACCCAAGUCAAUCUUCGGAUGGAUUCUUUUGAUGAGGAUCUUGCUCGCCCAAGUGGGAUUUUGGCACAGGAGCGCAAGUUAUGUCGUGAUUUGGUGCACAGCAAUAAAAAGGAACAAGAGUUCCGUUCCAUUUUCCAUCACAUUCAGUCAGCCCAGUCUCAGCGAAGUCCCUCAGAGCUCUUUGCCCAGCACAUAGUGACCAUUGUCCAUCAUGUGAAAGAGCAUCACUUUGGGUCUUCAGGAAUGACGUUGAAUGAGCGCUUUACAAAAUACCUAAAGCGGGCAGAGCAGGAGUCGGCUAAGAACAAAAGCCCUGAAAUCCACAGGAGGAUAGACAUUUCCCCAAGUUCUUUUAGAAAACAUGGAUUCUCACAAGAGGAGAUCAAAAGUUCCAAAGAGGCCAGCUACAAGACUGAGAGCAAAUACAAAGAUGAUCCAGUUGACCUGCGCCUUGAUAUUGAAAGACGUAAAAAACAUAAGGAGAAAGAUAAGCGAGGAAAGUCAAGAGAAUCUGUGGAGUCCAGGCCUUCCAGUCACUCAAGAGAACGAUCAGCAGAGAAAACAGAGAGGCCUCACAAAGGCUCCAAAAAGAAGAAGCACCGACGUGUCCGGGAGAGAUCGAGGUCAAGCUCUUCGUCCUCACAGUCUUCACGCUCCUAUAAAGCGGAGGAGUAUCCUGAGGAAACUGAGGAACGCGAAGAGGCCCCUGCCCCUGGCUUUGACAAAUCCCGCCUUGGCACCAAGGAGUUUGCCGGCCCGAGUGACCGGGGCAGAGCCCGAGGAACAUUUCAGCAGUUCCGGGCCAGAGGUCGUGGCUGGGGAAGGGGUGCCUUUUCUGGCAACAGCAACACCAGCACCAGCGGCACCAGCACUGACUUCCAGAAGCGAAACCGGGAGGAGGACUGGGACCCUGAGUAUACACCCAAGAGCAAGAAGUACUACUUGCACGAUGACCGGGAGGGCGAAGGUGGCGAAAAGUGGGCGAGCCGGGGCCGAGGCCGAGGCCUCUUCCCCCGAGGUCGGGGACGGUUCCUGUAUCGCAAGUCAAGCACCAGCCCCAAGUGGGCUCACGACAAGUUCAGUGGCGAAGAGGGCGAGAUAGAGGACGACGAGAGUGGGCCAGAGAACAGAGAAGACAAGGAUGUCCUCCCACCCUUGGCAGAGUAGGAGCCGCUGGUGACAGGAUGGGGGUGGGUCUUUGAUCCUGAUUGGCUAAUUGAAUGUUUUCCUGCUAUUUGGUUUCUCAUUGACCCUGGAGGAGGAUAGAGUUGUGCCCACUAUUUUUGGCAAUCAUUUUUGUCUUUUUUAAACGUGGUGAUAGAGAUGAGUAAUGUCUUGCUCUUUUGUUUUUCUUUUUCCUGUUUGUGGAUUUUUUAAAAAAUCUUUUAUUUUAAGCAUUUACAUAUAUAUUGACAAUAUGCCCUUAAAUGGUUAAUUUCAGAAAGGUCAUGGAUAUAUAAUGAAUAUAUACAUAUAAUGAAUAGAGGAAAAAAAGGAAUAAACAUCUGAAUAGAAACUAUUGGGACCAAACUUUGUAGCAUUUUUAAUUUACAGGAAUUUUUCCCCAACUGAAUUUAGAACUAUAUCUUUUAAAGGUAUUGUUUUCUUUUUCUGCUGAAAUUUUAAAGAUAGCAUGGCACAGUGAGGAAAUUCAUUUUCCUUCUUGCAUCAAAUUACAGAUUUCUUCUUGAAUGAUGUUAGCAUCUUCAUUUGUUCAUCCAGACUCCUGUCAUACUUUUUUUCCUUCCCAGUGUCAAAUUGAACAUGUUUUCAGGAUUACAGUUUUGUAAGAAACUUCUGAAUAUACAAGAUUAAAAAAGGCUGUAGCAUGAAUAAAAUGAGAAUUCUUCUUGUAUGCAUCUUUUUAUAAAGCCAUUUUGAGCUACUUGUGUGGUGGCCAUGGUCACUUGCCUGACAAUUGGCUUUUCGUUCUUUUCAGCUUUAAAUCUGCAGUGCUUAAAAGAUGCUUGGUAGGCAACCUUCUUACUUCCAAGCCCACAAGAGAGAUUCUGAUUGCUGUGUUAAUCCCCCAGGAAUAAUCUGGCUUUGCCAUGCUUCCUUUUGCUCCCCCACUUUCCCCUCUGUGAGUUCAUAUUUUGGACGGGUGCAGUUCCUGCUUAGCACAGCAAAUUCUUAGCAAAUUCUUGUUUUGCCUCCUUGUUAAAAUAAAACUAUGUUGAAUUGAA